AUGUUCGAAUUUUUGUCCAAAAAAUUCCAAAAAGCUGAGAACUUGGUGAGUUGUUCGCAUUUUUUGUGUUUAAAAUAGUUGAAGGAAUAAAGUUUUAGCCAUUUUUUAGCGUAAAUAGUUAACGUUUCAGUAAGCUGUUCAAAAUCCGCGAAAAAACAGUUUUUGUAAAGUCCUUAGAGAAUUUGCGGGUUUUAUAAAGGGCACAAACUUCAAGGACCAAUGUGGUCUCUCACAAAUCGAUUGGAUGAAAAUCCGCUGGCCUCGGCUAGUAAAUUAGGUCCAUCUGACGACCAGAAUUCUCCUCUUUCUCUUUCUCUAUUCGUUUUAUAUUUUUAUCCAAACAAAUCUCUCGAGUGACCGCGGUGAGAAAGAGGGUCAUGGAUGCAAACGUGCCCCACGGCACUCGCGCGACGGGUCUCGCCGCGAAGAGCGUCGGAAUCGGUCGGAGGGUCGGCUGAUUAUUGGCCUCCGCCAGACACAGCGCGUAAAACCAAAGUGUGGAGAGCGAAAAAUCAACAAUGACCAACUUUUCAAUGACUGUUUGUAUAUAAAUAUCCCAAAUUUGCGUGGAUUUUCUCAAUUUUCACAGAAAAUCGAAGCAUUUUGCUCAUUGUUCAUGCGUUCUUGCCUGGAUUUCAUAACAUUUUCGCCAAGUUUUGCAGGAAAAACCACCACCGCCGAACGCCAUGGGAAUCAGCGACAACGACGUUCAGAAGCAGCUCCGUCACAUGAUGGCCUUCAUCGAGCAGGAGGCUAACGAGAAGGCCGAGGAGAUCGACGCCAAAGCCGAGGAGGAGUUCAACAUUGAGAAGGUUCGCGCCUUUUUGCGAUUUUUAUGCAAAAUGACUUUUCCGCUUUUCAGGGACGUCUUGUCCAACAGCAAAGACAAAAGAUUAUGGAGUUUUUCGAGAAGAAGGAGAAGCAAGUCGACCUUCAGCGCAAGAUCCAGGCCUCCAACUCGCUGAACGCCGGACGUCUUCGUUGCUUGAAGGUCUGUACGCGUUUUUCACAAAAAUUGCAAAUUUCUGCGCUUUUUCCAGUGCUUUUUGUCGAUUUUUGACGUAAAUUUUCAAUAUUUUCCAAUUCCAGGCCCGUGAAGACCAUAUUGGAGCGGUUUUGGACGAGGCGCGCUCGAAUCUCUCCCGUAUUUCGGGCGACGCGGCCCGUUACCCGGCCAUCCUGAAGGGACUCAUCAUGCAGGGACUGCUGCAGCUGCUCGAGAAGGAGGUCGUCCUCCGAUGCCGCGAAAAGGAUCUGCGUCUUGUGGAACAACUCAUUCCAGAGUGCCUCGACGGACUCCAGAAGGAGUGGGGAGCCGCCACCAAGGUACGGUAGAUUUUUCUGGAAUUUUUUUACGAUUUUCAAAGCAAUUUUCCUAAAGUUCAGUAUUUUUCAGGUCGUCAUCGACAAGAAGAACUUCCUGCCGUCCGAAUCGGCCGGAGGAGUCGAAUUGGCGUCUCGCGCCGGAAAGAUCAAGGUCCAUUCGACUCUUGAGAGCCGUCUCGACCUUAUUGCUAACCAGGUAUGUUUUUUAAGAUCGGAAUUGAAUAUUUCAUAAAAUUUGAGCCAGAAUUGUGCGCUUCACCUCGAAAAACGCAUAUUUUCUCAAAUGCUUCGUAGAAAACAUGGAAAAUGCUUUAAAAAAUUGUAUUUCAAAAUUCGCAGAUUGUUCCGCAAGUGAGAACAGCGCUGUUUGGCCCGAACCCGAACCGCGCCUUCUUCGACUAG